GAUGCUCUUAUAAAACAAAAGAAUGAGGAAAUCGGUGAUAAACUAACCUCCGACUUCAUUACCAAACUGGAAAAUCUAACCAAAGAUGGAGUAAAAUUGGAUGAAACCAAACUCCAAGAAUUAAAAACCAUUUUGGAAGAAUUAAAAAGUAAAGGUAUUACAGCCAAUUUAACCGAUACUAAUAAUAAAAUUGAGGAAAUAAAAAAUAAGAUGGAAGCCAUUAAAUCCGAAAACAAGACUAAUUAUUGA